AUGGCGCCGAAAACCAAGUGCGGUAAUCCACUCUUCUUGAAAUGGACAGAAGAGAUUCGCGAUGCUGCCCGAGAAAAAGGAUCCAAGUCGGCAGAGACAUACAGUUGGGCUUGUAAAUCGAUCGCCUUGUGUCCCGUCACAUACGCUCGACCUCGCGACCUUGUCUGCCUCAAAUCAGUCGGAGACAAAACCGUCUCGCAGCUGGAGAAGCGCUGGGCUGAAUAUUGCAAAGCAAAUGGGAAGGAAGUACCGCCCGAGCCUGAGAAGCCCGCUCCAAAGACUACGAAGGCCAAGGACAAAGCCAGGGCUGCACCUGAUGACGAUGACGGACUCGACGAGCCCCCGAAGAAGGCGCGUAAAGCCCCUGCUCCCAAGACUCCCAAGGCCUCCAAGGCAUAUAUCCCCAACCAGGGCACAGGCGCAUAUGCCAUCCUGAUGGCACUCGUGCUAGCGAUCGACCAGCCACAGGUGACUACAGAAGUUUUCCUUACCAAAUCAGAGAUCAUUCGCACGGCCCAAGAAUAUUGCGAUGUGUCUUUUGAGCACUCGGAAAGGGGGACGUACUAUACGGCUUGGAGUGGCAUGAAGACGCUGGUAUCAAAGGGCUAUGUGUAUGUCACGGGCAAUCCGCACAAGCAUUGCCUGACUGAGGAGGGAUAUGAUGUUGCAGUGGCGAUACGGAAUAUCAGACCCGAGUUUUCGCACUUGAAACGAUACCCAUUCCUUCCCACUUCUGCUGCAAACGUGGCGCAGCCUAUUGCCCAAGCCCAAGAUACUCCCCGAAAUCGCCCCCUGUCCGCCCGUGACCUCUACAUUGGCCCAUCAUCUCUUCCUAAUGGCAUGACAACUGCCUACGUGCCCCAAACAAAAACACACUCAUCCCCGGCCUCUCGACUAGGCGACUUCAACGCCGUUGCAACCAAAGUCGCGGCAUCUUCCGGUGACCGAUUCCACUUUUGGUAUAUCUGUCCCUCCAACAAGCGGGUCAAGGCCAUGAAGCAGGCGCAUAUGCGUCUCGAUCCAGAGACGUUUGUGAGCCUGCGGCGCAUCGAGUUUCGAUACGCUCAGCGCAACCAUGCUCUCGUCGCGUCUCUUCGUCUUGUGGACGAUUUCGCCAAGGCAACACUUCGAGACACGUCAGGAAAACCUACCCUCUUUGGCUACAUACUGGAGACGGACGCUCCGCCUCAAUGCAGUGCACCCUUGGAGGAGAGCGAGCCGAAAAAUAGACCUCCCAGUCGAGACAGUGUUCCACCUUUGGGCAGCAGUCCUCUAAGCGCCUCUCUGCCCCGGCCUCGCAUGUCUCUCACGGGCAGCCGCGAGGCCUCAUUUGUCGAUAUCGCCGACGGCGACCGAGUCACAAAGAAGCGACCGGCCGCAGAGCCGUUUCCCUUGGAAGCUCAGUUGCGAGCUUUGCGCAAGCAGCAAUCCAGCGGCAGCUUGACGGAGGCAGAUCUUGCCAGGCCGGCCCCUUCUAGGCGCCCGAACCCCUACGAGGCGCUCUUGAACCAAGGCCCAGGCAUGUCUUCGACGCUCGCGCGUACAUCUGCAGUUGGCGGAGCUCAGCCUCGCACAUCUUCUCUUUCUGCGUUGAAUGCUGGCCCAGCGUCUGAUGCCACCGCAGGGCCCAGCAGGUCUCGGUCGUCAGCUCCCCUCCUUCCUUCUCGUCCCGCAGACGCCCCCUGGGCCAAUGUGCGACCGUCCAACAAUGCUUCCGUACCUAUGGUACCGCCCGGGUUCGAGGAUGACAUUGUACCGCCCGUUGAUCCUCCUCCCGCAUCCAUUCCCUCCUUCACCCUCUCCGAUGCUAUUGUUUUUCCCCCGGGUUCGUUCGAUAUCAUCCUGGUGGUAGACACCCGUGAAGUUGAAUCAAAGACAAGCCGCGAUAUGAUCUGGGAAACAUUGCAGCAGAAGGGUCUCAGGGUGGAGACGAGAGCGCUAAAGCUUGGGGAUAUGUGCUGGGUUGCAAGAAGGAAGGAUGGACUCGGCGGAGAGGAAGAUGAGUGCGUGCUGGAUUACGUUGUGGAGAGGAAAAGGUUGGACGAUCUGGUCACCUCCAUCAAGGAUGGGCGAUACACUGAGCAAUGCUUUCGACUGCAAAACGCUUGUAUCGGCCAUGUCUAUUAUAUCGUGGAGAACUUUAAAAAGGCUGAGAUGGAGCACAGCGCUCUUGCCAUCAUGACCUGCAAAUCUCAACUCCAGGUGCACAACCGAUUCUUUAUGAAGGAGACCAACCGUCUCCUUGAUUCUAUCGAUUUCCUCGCCACCAUGACCAACGUCAUAAAGUCAUCCUGCCGCAACAAGCCCCUGCAUGUCAUUCCCAGUCGCUACCUGUCUCGCCCUACCUAUAAACCCCUGCAAGAGCAUCUCAAGAUUGCUCAUCCCAACCUCACUUUCCACACGUCUUUCGACGCAUACCAAAGCCUCAAUACCAAGUCUGCAUGCGUGACUUUGAAAGAAACGCUUGCCAGAAUGUUGAUGAGGGUGAAGGGCAUGAGUGCCGAGAAGGUCUCGGCGUUGUUGGAUCAGUGGGAUACACCGAGGGGACUGUGGGAAGCGAUGAAGAUGAGAAAUGAGAUGCCGGAUGAAAUGGAAGCGCCUCCCGGUACAGGAAAAGGGAAGAAGAAGAAGACGGGCAAGGGUCUCUUCUUUGCCCAAGCAACAGCCCACGAAGAGUCGCGAAGAAAGAUCGGGGAUGCGCUCAGUGAAAAUCUGUGGAGAGCCUUGAUGGGUUGA